ACCAUUUCCCCUGUUUUCCUCUUAUGGCAGCUAAUGUUCUUCCAACGGCUAAUCUCAACCUGGAGCUUGAUUGUAAGACCAUUCAUGAUUCUUUGGGAAGCUUGAGCCAUUUGAUUCCUUAUCUUUCUCGUCUGACUCAAUCUCAAAGACAACAACUCAGAAAGACCUAUGAGGCAGCGUAUGGUGAAGACUUGAUAGGUCAUCUUCAAAGAUACGAAGCAGAGGUUUCGUCUGUGAAAUCCUCUGCUUUGUCCCUGUGGAUGCUUAACCCGCAUGAUAGGGAUGCUAUUAUAUCCAGGGAAGCCCUCCAGCAAGACGACACCAAUUUCAAGGCUCUGGUGGAAAUCUUUGUGGGUCGGAAAUCAAGUCAUAUUCUUUUGAUCAAACAGGCAUACAAUAGAAGAUUCAGAAGGAACUUGGACCAAGACAUUAUCGAUCUGGACCCUCCUCAUCCCUUUCAAAAGAUUCUUGUGGCAUUGACUGCAUCACACGAAGCUCACCAAACUGAGACUAGUCAGCAUAUAUCCAAGUGUGACGCAAGGAGGCUCUAUGGAACUGGAGAGGGAGGCUCAGGAGCAAUUGAUGAAUCAGUGGUACUUGAAAUUCUCAGUAAGAGAAGCAUUGCCCAGCUGAAGCUGACAUUUUUAAGUUAUAAGCACAUAUAUGGACAUGACUACACAAAGUCACUCAAAAGGGGAAACAGUCUGGAAUUUGAGAAGUCUCUUAUUCUGGUUGUGAAAUGCAUCUGCAAUCCGGCAAGCUACUAUGCAAAGGCACUGUACAACAGCACCAAAGGGGGAACGAUUGACACAGGAACUUUGGUACGGACACUAAUCAGCAGGGCCGAGAUAGACAUGGACGAGAUCAAAAGGGUUUUCAAGCAAAAAUAUGCGAAGGAACUUGGUGAUGUAAUUUAUCAAAGCAUUCCAUCUGGAGACUUGAGAGACUUUCUGGUUGCUCUGGCCACAAGAACCACCCAUUCUUCUACUUAGGCAGCCUCGUCUGCUUCUACAUCCUAUAGCAGCAAAGCAAGUUGGUAACAGGGAUAAUAAGAUCAAGCUUCUAUGACCUCCUUGUGUGUGAAAAAAUAUUUAGCUUUACAAGCAAUGGCAUAUGCAGGAUUAUACCACAAUUUGAUAGUCGUCUCAAAAGUUACCUCUGUUGUGCCGAAAACAAGUUAAAAUAAAUAAUAAAAGGAACUUCUCUUUCCUUUUUAUCUUUCUG